UUAAAGGCAUGUCCCGUCGCCCCCGUCGCCCCGUCAAUUAGAUCGAUCCCCUGCCGCCGCGAAGGCUGUCCGCGAAGGCUGUCUGCAUCGAGAUCUUUCUCUCGCCUCGACCAGUCCUCUCGCCUCUCGCCUUCGACCAGAUCUCUCGCCUCCCGCCUCCCGCCUCCGACCAGGUCUCUCGCCUCUCGCCUCAAGCAGCCCUCUCGCUGUCUCGCCUCUUGCCUUCGACCAGGACCGCGCCCUCUCAUCUCGCCUCGACCAGCCCUCUCGCCUCUCGCCUCUCGUUUUCGACCAGGUGCUGUUCUUGGUAAUUCGUCAGCGACAGAAAUCAAGACAAUCUACCUCCAGCUGUGCCAUCAACAGUCGCUUCACCUUUGUUCAAAAUGGUGGUUCUUGCAGCAUCCAUCCUUAGCAAAUCUGGAAAGGCACUUGUAUCAAGGCAGUUUGUGGACAUGUCGCGAAGUAGAAUUGAAGGAUUACUUGCAGCAUUCCCAAAGUUGGUGGGAUCAGGAGGAAAGCAACAUACAUUUGUUGAAACUGAAAAUGUUCGAUAUGUGUAUCAACCCAUAGAAGCUCUAUAUCUGCUUCUAAUUACUAACAAGCAGAGUAAUAUUGUUGAAGAUCUUGGAGCUUUAACAUUGCUGGCCAAACUUAUACCCGAAUAUUCAACUUCUUUAGAUGAAGAGGGAGUUUGCAAGGCAGCUUUUGAGCUGAUUUUUGCAUUUGAUGAAACCAUUUCUCUUGGUUACAAGGAAAAUGUGACAGUUGCACAAGUAAAGCAGUAUUGUGAGAUGGAGAGUCACGAAGAGAAACUGCACAAGCUAGUAAUGCAAAGUAAGAUUAAUGAAACUAAGGAUGUCAUGAAGAGAAAAGCCAGUGAGAUUUAUAAAAACAAGCUUGAUAAAAGCAGAGGUGAUAAAGGAGGCUUUACAUCCAUAUCCGGUCCUAAAAAUUUCAGUGAUUUGAGUAUCUCUAGUAGUGGUACAGGUUUUGGAAGUGGAUCUGGACUUGAAGUUAGCGCGGUAGAUGUGGAUUCCUUUUCUAGCAAGUCUAAAGGUCGCUCUGCAGCACCUACUGCUACUAUCUCUAAAGGCCUUGGUAUGCAACUAGGAAAGACCCAGCGUACAAGUCAACUCAUGCAGUCCCUAAAAGCUGAAGGGGAAAUGAUUCUUGAUGAUGUGCCACCUACUGUUGGUCAAGUCAAACCAUCCCUUCCGCCAACAGAUCCUAUCACAUUGACCAUUGAAGAAAGGCUUAAUAUUAUAACGAAGAGAGACGGCGGUGUCAGCAAUUUUGACAUUCAAGGCACACUCUCCUUGCAGAUUCUUAAUCAGGAAGAUGGCCUUAUCCAAUUUCAGAUCGAGAACCAAGACAUAGCUGGUCUUAGCUUUAAAACCCACCCAAACAUCAACAAGGAAUUAUUCAACAACCAUCAUAUUAUUGGCUUGAAGGAUCCAAAUCGUCCUUUCCCCACUGGUCAAAAUGAUGUUGGCCUGAUGAAGUGGAGAAUCCAGGGCAUGAAGGAGUCUUCAUUGCCAUUGACCGUCAAUUGCUGGCCUUCUGUUUCCGGUAGAGAGACUUCUGUUAACAUUGAGUAUGAAGCCACUGAAAUGUUUGACUUGCAAAAUGUUGUGAUCUCCAUUCCUCUUCCUGCAGCUCGGGAGCCACCAAAUGUCUUGCAGAUAGAUGGUGAAUGGAGGCAUGAUGCUAGGUCAUCUACAUUGGAGUGGUCGAUUCUUCUUAUUGACAACACUAAUCGAAGUGGAUCGAUGGAGUUCGUUGUGCCUCCGGCUGACCCCUCUGCUUUCUUUCCUAUCAACAUCAUAUUUACUGCGGCUAAGACAUUUAGUGAUGUAAAGGUUGCGAAUGUGAUGCCACUAAGAGGCGGUGCUACCCCUAAGUAUGCUCAGAGGAUACAACUACUCACCGACACCUACCAAGUUGUUUGAUUUCUAAAUGCAGAUAGCCAACAGCUGUGAAGAAAGAUGCGUCUCUUUUCCUUGUUCCAUGCUACUGCUCUGGUUUUCAAUAUCUGCAUCUACUAAGUGUCUCUUCCCCUGACUGCUAUUUUAUUCUUAUUUGUAUAGAACCUAAAAAAUUUCCAUGUGCUAAGAGCUUUUGUGAAGGAAGGUUUUCAUAUUAUUCGUUAUUGUUGGAUAGUUUGAAUUCGAUUAGUUAUUAUAGAUAUUUGAUAAA